AGCGCCAGGCCGGCGGCCAACCCCAACGGCGCCGCUCCCCAGUACCAGACUUCGGUCCACGUCGGCUCCCCCCUCGCCCUGGCCGACGCGCAAACCAGAGUUGCUUCUCCAUCCCAGACUCAACUGGGGUCUUCCUCCCCGAAGCGUUCCGGCAUGACCGCGGUGCCACAGCAUUUGGGAACGACGCUGCAAAGAACUAUUCAUGAUAUCGAGCAGUAUGGGCAGCAGUACGAGAUAUACGAGAGAAUGGUCCCUCCACGUCCAGACAGCCUUACAGGCCUGAGGAGUUCCUAUGCCAGCCAGCACAGCCAGCUGGGACAAGAGCUGCGGUCGACUGUCUCUCCUGACUUGCACAUCACGCCCAUCUACGAAGGCAGAGCCUACUACAGCCCCGUGUACCGCAGCCCCAACCACGGCGCGGUCGAGCUCCAUCAGGGCUCGCAGUCGGCAUUGUACCGGGUGGGCUCAGGAGUUGGAAAUCUGCAGAGAUCGUCCAGUCAGCGUAGCACACUCACAUACCAAAGAAAUAAUUACGCGCUGAACACCGCAGCCACCUACGCAGAGCCGUACCGGUCAGUGCAGUAUCGACUCUCCGAGUCUGGCUACGCCCGGCUGCAGCACGCCGCGCCCGCCGACGACGGCACCACACGGUCGCCGUCCAUCGACAGCAUUCAGAAGGACCCCAGGCAAUUCGCGUGGCGCGAUCCGGAGCUGCCCGAAGUCAUCCACAUGCUGCAGCACCAGUUCCCAUCGGUGCAGGCAAACGCGGCCGCCUACCUCCAGCACCUCUGCUUCGGAGACAACAAAGUCAAAACGGAGGUGUGCAGGCUAGGAGGAAUCAAGCACCUGGUUGAUCUCUUGGACCACAGAGUCCUGGAAGUUCAGAAGAACGCUUGCGGCGCGCUGCGGAACCUCGUUUAUGGGAAGUCUACUGAUGAAAACAAAAUAGCAAUGAAGAAUGUUGGUGGGAUACCUGCCCUUUUACGAUUGUUGAGAAAAUCCAUUGAUGCCGAAAUAAAAGAGCUCGUAACAGGGGUUCUCUGGAACUUAUCUUCGUGCGAUGCCGUGAAGAUGACAAUCAUUAGAGAUGCUCUGUCGACCCUUACGAACACUGUGAUUGUGCCGCACUCUGGAUGGAACAGCUCUUCCUUCGAUGAUGAUCACAAAAUGAAAUUUCAGACGUCCCUAGUCCUGCGCAAUACGACAGGCUGCCUGAGGAACCUCAGCUCCGCAGGUGAGGAAGCUCGGAAGCAGAUGAGGUCGUGCGAGGGGUUGGUUGAUUCGCUGCUCUACGUGAUCCACACGUGUGUGAACACGUCGGAUUACGACAGCAAGACAGUGGAAAACUGUGUUUGCACCUUGAGAAACCUUUCUUACCGUUUGGAGCUGGAGGUACCCCAGGCACGUCUGCUAGGAAUCAAUGAAUUGGAUGACUUGUUAGGAAAGGAAUCGCCGAGCAAAGAUUCAGAGCCGAGCUGCUGGGGGAAAAAGAAGAAGAAGAAAAAAAAAACUUCACAGGAGGAUCAGUGGGACGGCGUGGGCCCUAUCCCAGGCUUUUCCAAGUCUCCCAAAGGGGUGGAGAUGCUGUGGCACCCGUCCGUGGUGAAGCCGUACCUCACACUUCUGGCGGAAAGCUCCAACCCUGCCACUCUGGAGGGUUCUGCCGGCUCCCUCCAGAACCUUUCUGCGGGCAACUGGAAGUUUGCAGCGUACAUCCGAGCUGCCGUGAGAAAGGAGAAAGGGCUCCCGAUCCUCGUGGAGCUGCUGAGGAUGGAUAACGACCGAGUUGUCUCAUCGGUGGCAACUGCCUUAAGGAACAUGGCGCUAGACGUUCGCAACAAGGAGCUCAUCGGUAAAUAUGCUAUGCGAGAUCUGGUUAAUCGACUUCCAGGAGGCAACGGUCCAAGCAUAUUGUCUGAUGAGACCGUGGCCGCGAUCUGCUGUGCUCUGCACGAGGUCACCAGUAAAAACAUGGAGAAUGCCAAAGCCCUCGCCGACACCGGGGGAAUAGAGAAGCUGGUGAACAUAACAAAAGGAAGAGGUGACAGAUCGUCACUCAAGGUUGUCAAGGCAGCCGCCCAGGUGCUGAAUACCUUAUGGCAAUACCGAGAUCUCCGUAGCAUUUAUAAAAAGGAUGGAUGGAAUCAAAGUCAUUUUAUUACACCAGUAUCAACACUGGAGCGAGAGAGAUUCAAAUCACAUCCUUCUUUAUCAACAGCAAAUCAACAGAUGUCACCUGUCAUACAGUCAGGUCAGUCAAGAAACAUGAAGAGACUCGCUGAAGGGGUGCCAG